GCAUUCCUGGAUCACCAAAGCAGAAAGCUACAGCUGCGGAGCUAAAACGGAAUAAAAUGUCAGCUCCCAAGGAGAAAGUGAUCAUGCUAGCAAUUGAAAGAAGAGACAGUGAAGAGACAGACUAAAAGACAAUCUUCACAGCUCCUGCUUGGUACCACAGGGUUAGCUGAUCUUCACCCAGCUCUCUGACUCCUGCAGACUGCAGACAGAAACAGUCAAGAGAGAAAAUGAAAAACUACAGAGAAUGAAAUGGUCCGAGAAACUACCAGAAAGGCAUUCUCAGGGAAGAUGCUGGCAGAGGGAUAGAGAACAGAUUCAGGCCAUCGUUCCAUCACAGGAACAGGAACAGAAACAGGAACAGAAAAUCAGAAGCUAAUCUGAAAGGAAGCUGUGAGGUCUUCAACUGUUUUACUACCAGCUCUGCUGAGAUGAUGGAGACCUCAGGGGGGCCGUAUCUGAACAUAGCAGCAGUGGCAUCCCCGGUGGGAGUAGCCCGUUUGUUGCAGGUGGCAUUUGGAUGUACUACAUUCAGCCUGGUGGCCCAUCAUGGGGGAUUCAGUGCAGCCUAUGGCGCCUUCUGCAUGUUCGUCUGGUGCUUUUGUUUUGCUGUCACCAUCUUUAUAACAACCUGUGAAUUCACGCGUCUCCACAGCUGCAUGAGCAUCUCCUGGGGGAAUUUCACAGCUGCUUUUGCCAUGCUGGCCACUCUCAUGUCCGUCACGGCAGCUGUGAUCUACCCUCUCUAUUUUGUCCAGUUUGACUGUCAUCCCAUCAGCUGCAAGGUGAGAGAUUUCCGCAUAGCAGCUAGCGUCUUCGCAGGGCUCCUGUUCAUUGCUUAUGUUGUGGAAGUGUUUCUAACCCGAGCCAAGCCAGGACAGGUAACCAACUACAUGGCCACAGUAUCUGGCCUCCUGAAAAUUGUCCAGGCCUUCGUGGCCUGCAUCAUCUUUGGGGCACUGGUAAAUGACAGUCAGUACAGCAAUUACGUGGCUACCCAAUGGUGUGUAGCUGUCUAUAGCUUCUGCUUUGUGAUGACAGUGGUAGUAGUGGCCUUCAGCGUCACAGGAAGAACUGCAAUGCUACGGUGCCCCUUUGAGCGUGUUGUGGUCAUUUACACAUUCAUGGCCAUCCUCAUGUAUGUGAGUGCAGCAGUGAUCUGGCCUGUGUUCUGCUUUGAUAGUAAAUAUGGGUCCCCAUGGCGCCCCUUCCAGUGCUCCCAGGGCAAAUGCCCUUGGGACAGCCAACUGGUGAUUGCUAUAUUUACCUAUGUGAACCUAGUGCUUUAUAUUGUGGACUUGGCAUACUCUCAGCGCAUCCGCUUUGUCUCACACCCUUAAGAUUCAAUGCUGCUCCCACAAAGUUAUCAGGGCUCAAGCAACAACACAGCAUUGGGAAUCAGGUGGAGACAGGGGUCAUAGAAAGUAGCUGUUGGUCUAGACAUACCAAUAAAUGAAACAGGAACCAAACUUCAAAGUUAAGUCUGGACCAGUAAAUGAACAAUAUAUAAGGUGGUGGACAACAGAUGAGCCUACAAAGAAGAAAGGCAACAACAAUCUUUCUUACCCCUCAACGUUUGCUUUGUCCCUUCUUUUUUAAGGCAGGGAAUAGCAUAGUAUGCUGAGGACAGUACGUUUGCAUCGCCACCAAACAUGAGUGUCUGCUGCAAGAGGGGCUUUAUAGGCCACUGGAUUACAAAGCCAAAUAAAAAGCAUGGAUCAGUGAGGUCAUGGGACUGCUACCAAUACUGGACUCUAAUGAAGAAGAAACUGUAUCUGGGGAAGACUGGGGAGUCAGAGACAGUAGCAGCAGCUAUAGAACUAAACAAGGAUUCUUCAAAAUCCCAGACAUUUGAUAUUAUUAAUGCCAUGGUGUGAAAUUCAUUGCUUGUAAAUGUGGGAAAUUCUAGCUAGAAUGGGUCUGAGGGAAAAGGAAAUUAUGCUGAUUUGAAGAU